AUGUUAAGGACAAUGUCAUUAUUUAAUAAACCGAAGAGAAAUAUCCGCCGUCGACCGUUCAACGACGAUGACGAAGAUAAUGAAAAUAGGAUGGAAGUGGAAGAUACUCAGCCUGUUAAAUCUAAAACUAAGAAGAAGGAAAAACCGAAGCAGACGCUCCUUAGUUUUGGAGAGGAGCUGGAAGAAGCGGAUGAUGGGGAAGUCUUUAAAGUGAAGAAAUCUUCUAGGAGCAAAAAAUUGAUGAAACAACUAGAUCACGAAAGGAAAAAAAAGAAAGGUGAAGAGAAAAUGCAAGUGGACUCUGAGCAAGCGAACAUGUCCAUUAAACAGGAAAAAGAUUUAGAAAUAAAGACUGAUGAUCUAGUAGUUAAAAUCAAAAAUACCGGAUCUUUGAUCUUGAAUGGACGAGCUGCACUAGCAGCUGGAAAGGAUGACUAUACAUCUGAUGAAGAAGAUGAUGAACCGCGUGGUCAUAAAUUUAGAAGAAAUACAGAUAAGGCUGAUACAAUGAAGAUUCUUCUUGAAAGUGGUUGUAUACCUGAUGCUGCAAUGAUCCAUGCAGCUAGGAAAUGCAGACAAAAGGCAAGAGAAUUAGGAACUGAAUAUAUUCCUAUAGAAGAGCAGAGCGACGAUAAGGGUAAAUCAAGACUGAUUAGAGAAGAAGAUCACGAUAGAAGCGAUGACGACGAUUCUCAAGAUCGAAUCGACAUGACUGUUAAUACCGAAGCGCGUGAUAAAGAAAAAAGAAGAGAAGCAUUUCUUGCUUCACAAGUUCCAUUAAAACUUUCUGAUGAUGAGAGUGAACAUGAGAAUGAGGAAGAAGAAUGGGAAGCUCAACAAAUUAGGAAAGGUGUGACAGGAGCACAGAUUGCAGCAGUACAACAAGAUUCUAUGAUGCAACAACAAUAUUCAAUGGGUAUGAAUGUGAAUCAGAUGAUGGGAAGUGGAAUAUCGUUAGAAAUGGUCAUGAUGCCAGCACCACCGCCCCCUCCAACGAUUCAGCCACCAGAUCCAACAAAAAUAGUGCCAAUUACUCCUCAGGAAGUUGUAAAUAAAAUACGUGCAAGAUUGGAUAGUUCGAAAGAAGUACAUCGACGUCAUCAACUAGAUCAGGAUCGGUUAGAACAAGAAUUAGGUCAAACAAUGAAAGAACUGGAUGUUGCCGAACUUCGUGCACCGCAGCUUGCACACCGCUUCAGAUAUUACCAAGAGUUGCGUGGGUAUGUCACUGACUUGGUAGAGUGUCUUGAUGAGAAGCUGCCGCUGGUCGUUGGAUUGGAGCAACGCUGGUUAGAUCUUUAUAGUGAACGUGCCACUGAAUUAAUGGAAAGAAGACGACAAGAUACGAGGGAUCAAGCGGAAGAAAUUACAACAGCUGCAAGAGGACAACCUAUUCGAAAAGGACCGGAAGUCGAAGCUCGCAUUCGUCGAGCUACAGAAAGAGAAGGAAGAAGAGCUCGUCGAAGAAGGGCUAGAGAAUUAGCUCCUACAAUGCCAAAACAUAUCGAUGGAAUGUCAAGUGAUGAUGAAGUUACUGAACAGCAAAAUCUUGCUUUUAAACAAACAAAAGACGAAAUCGAUAAUGAAAGUAAAGAAAUAUUUGCCGAUGUGAUGGACGAAUAUUGCACAAUAAGGGGGAUACUUUCAAAAUUAGAAUCAUGGAGAGAAACUGAUAGAGAUGCUUAUAUGGAAGCUUAUGUAUCUUUAUGUAUACCUAAAAUUAUUUCUCCUAUUAUUAGACUGCACUUGCUGACAUGGAAUCCUAUUAUGGAAAGUGCUGAUAUAGAAAGAACGAAAUGGUAUAAUACAUUGCUUUUAUAUGCAUUAGAUAAUAAUGAAACAGAAGAAUCCCUUAAGAAAGAUCCAGAUGUUAGAUUAGUACCAUUCACAGUGGAGAAAGUCGUUAUACCUAGAUUAACAUCUAUAGUUGAAAGAAUAUGGGAUCCAAUGUCCACAUCGCAAACAUUACGUCUUGUUGGCACAGUAAAUCGCCUGAUUAGAGACUAUCCGAAUUUAAAUGAUGCGAGCAAACCAUUAGAAACAUUAUUUAAUGCUAUAUUAGAUAAAAUUAAGUCGGCAGUUGAAAAUGAUGUAUUUAUACCAAUUUUCCCGAAACAAGUUUUGGAUACAAAACAUCAAUUUUUUCAAAGACAGUUUGCAAUGGCUGUGAAGCUUCUAAGAAAUUUAUUAAGUUGGCAAGGUCUUCUUGGAGAUACACAAUUAAAAAAUUUAGCCCUUGGUUCAUUAUUAAACCGAUAUCUUUUAGCGGGUCUCAGAGUAUCUGCUCCUACCGAUGCUUUAUUUAAAGCAAAUAUGGUAAUGAGUACACUUCCACGAGCAUGGUUACAAGGUGAAACAAUAGAUCAUUUGAGAAUGUUUGCUACACUUAUUCAACAACUUAGCGAACAAUUAGAUCAAGCAAAUCCGGCACAUAACGAAGCCUGGGAAUAUUCAAAGUCCAUCUUAAAAAUAAUUAAACCUUUGUAAUGUAUUAAUUAUGUAUGCAUUUCGUAAUAAUAUUUUAUCAUAUUUUUA